UGUUCGCUGUCAGCGCGCCCCGGCUGCUGUGCUUCUCUCUCUCUCUAUCUCUCUCCCUCUCUCUCUCUCUCUCUCUCUGUGCAGUGUCUGUCAGUCUCUCUCUAUCUCUGUGCGCGCGUGUCACCCCCGCUCCGCUCCUCUCCUGUACAGAUUGAUGGUGAUUGAGGUGGAGGCAUGUAGCACCGGAUUCACCGGAUUCACGGCGCCGAGCAGCAUGUAGCACCUGGAGCCCCGCGCACAUCGCCUCCCUCCUGCGCUCCUCCUCCGUCUUCUCUCCCCUCCUGGAGCGCUCCUUUCUGCUCCCCUGAAGGCAUCGCCUGCACAAGCAUUUCCGGGGAUUUUUUUUUUUGGGGGUGGGUGGGGGGAUUUAUUUAUUUUAGAGGAGUGUGAGUUCAUCCCCGCCGCUCUGCACCUCUCGGUCGAUGGUCGUUGAGGAAGCUUCCAUCUUGAGUCCCGUAUCUACCGAGAGAACCAUGGCGAGCGACUCCCCUGCGCGGAGUCUGGACGAGAUAGACCUGUCUGCACUACGGGACCCAGCUGGUAUCUUUGAGCUGGUGGAACUGGUUGGAAAUGGAACCUAUGGGCAGGUCUACAAGGGUCGCCAUGUCAAAACAGGCCAGCUCGCUGCCAUCAAGGUCAUGGACGUCACAGGAGAUGAGGAGGAGGAGAUUAAAGCAGAGAUCAACAUGUUAAAGAAGUACAGCCACCACAGGAACAUCGCAACCUACUAUGGAGCCUUCAUCAAGAAGAACCCUCCUGGAAUGGAUGACCAGCUGUGGCUGGUGAUGGAGUUCUGUGGAGCCGGCUCAGUGACAGACCUGAUCAAAAACACCAAAGGGAACUCUCUGAAGGAGGAGUGGAUCGCCUACGUCUGCAGGGAGAUCCUCAGGGGUCUGACCCAUCUCCACCAGCACAAGGUCAUCCACAGGGACAUCAAAGGCCAGAACGUGCUGCUGACAGAGAACGCAGAGGUUAAACUAGUCGACUUUGGAGUGAGCGCUCAGCUGGAUCGUACGGUGGGACGGAGGAACACGUUUAUCGGGACGCCUUAUUGGAUGGCCCCGGAGGUCAUCGCCUGUGAUGAGAACCCCGACGCCACAUACGACUUCAAGAGUGAUCUGUGGUCGCUCGGUAUCACAGCUAUAGAGAUGGCGGAGGGAGCACCACCUCUGUGUGACAUGCAUCCGAUGCGAGCGCUCUUCCUCAUCCCCAGAAAUCCUGCCCCCAGACUCAAGUCUAAGAAGUGGUCGAAGAAGUUCCAGUCUUUCAUCGAGAGCUGUCUGGUGAAGAGUCACAGCCAGCGGCCGAGCACCGAGCAGCUCCUCAAGCACCCGUUCAUCAGGGACCUUCCCAACGAGCGGCAGGUCCGCAUCCAGCUGAAGGACCACAUCGACCGCACCAAGAAGAGGAGGGGGGAGAGGGAUGAGACGGAGUACGAGUACAGUGGGAGUGAGGAAGAGGACGAAGAAAGGGACAUUGGCGAGCCCAGCUCCAUCAUUAACAUUCCCGGGGAGUCCACUCUGAGGCGGGACUUCCUGCGUCUCCAGCUGGCCAAUAAGGAGCGGUCGGAGCUGAUCCGGCGCCAGCAGCUGGAGCAGCAGCAGAACGAGGAGCACAAGCGCCAACUGCUGGCCGAGAGGCAAAAACGUAUCGAGGAGCAGAAGGAGCAGCGGCGUCGGCUGGAGGAGCAACAGCGUCGGGAGCGAGAGAUGAGGAAGCAGCAGGAGCGAGAGCAGAGGAGGAGGUACGAAGAGAUGGAGCAGCUCCGUCGAGAGGAGGAGAGGAGGCACGCGGAGAGAGAACAGGAGUAUAUCCGUAGACAGCUGGAGGAGGAGCAGAGGCAGCUGGAGAUCCUGCAGCAGCAGCUCCUGCAGGAGCAGGCCUUACUGCUGGAGUACAAGAGGAAGCAGAUCGAGGAGCAGCGGCAGGCCGAGCGGCUGCAGAGGCAGCUGCAGCAGGAGCGAGCGUACCUGGUGUCGCUGCAGCAGCAGCAGCAGGAGCCGCCGCGGCCGCCGCAGGACAAGAAGCAGCUGUACCACUACAAAGACCAGGCGCCAGGCAGCAACGACAAACCCGCCUGGGCCAAAGAGGUGAUGCGUCGAGCUCAGAGCAACUCGCCCCGCAUCCCUCCCAAGAAACACCACUCCUUCAGGGAGACGCGAGACGUCAACCUCGACAACCUGCUCUUACUCCCCGGUUACAGACCCCGCCCCCGUCCCCCCUCCUACCCCGCCCACGUCAGUCCCUCCAGGGAUCACCUGCGCAUGCCUCGAAUCCGUGUCACCUGUGUCCCCGAACGCGUCCGUGACUCCUCCCAGCCAGUGAUGCGCCGGCACAGCCCCGACUCCAGGGGCCACACCCCCUACAGCAGGGGCCGGAGCCCCGGCCGCCGGGUGGAGGAGCAUUAUAAGAUGAACAGACAGACUUCUCCUGCAUUGCAGCAUAAAGUCUCCAACCGGAUCUCAGACCCGUCGCUGCCGCCGCGCUCCGAGUCCUUCAGCAGCGGAGGCAUCCAACAGGCCCGGACCCCGCCCAUGCACCGCUCCGUCGAACCACAGGUUCCUCAGAGGACGACCUCCAUCUCUCCUGCUUUAGUCAGGAAGAACUCUCCAGGAAACGGACCCGGCCUCGGUCCUCGGGCUGGAGCUCACCUCAUACGGGCCAGCAACCCCGACCUGCGGAGGAUCGACGUUUCCAUGGAGACGCCCCUAAAGAGGACGAGCAGCGGCAGCUCCUCCAGCUCCAGCACCCCCAGCUCCCAGGGAGGCUCCAACGAGCGAGGUAAUUCAGCCCCUAAGACCGAAGGCUCGACGCUUUCCUCCCACGACACCAAAGAGGACGGCAGAGAGGUGACGCGACCCAGCAGGCCUGCAAGCUAUAAGAGAGCUGUAGACGAGGAUUUGACGGCUCUGGCCAAAGAGCUGAGAGAGCUGCGACAGGGGGAGGAAACCAGCCGCCCGCCCGUCAAAGUGACGGACUACUCGUCGUCCAGUGAGGAGUCUCACAGCAGCGAGGACGAGGAAGGGGAGGGCGGGGCCAACGACGGAACAGUGGCUGUCAGCGAUAUACCGCGAAUUAUGCCGGCCGCCAGUCAAGGUGCAAACGAGUCCUUCGGCAUGAUGGGAGGUCAUAACGACUCCCACGGCGACUCGUAUGGAAACAGCUCCCAGGACAGCACCCUGAUGAUGCGUGAGUAUGCGAUGGGGAGCGGUGGAGGCUCCAAGGCGUCCUUCACGCCGUUUGUCGAUCCGAGGGUCUACGGCACGUCCCCGACUGAUGAUGACGAUAAAAGCUCUGCCUCAGCGCUGUUUGCCGACGAGCUGCUGAAGCAGGAGCAGGAGCAGGCGAGGCUCAACGAGGCCAGAAAGAUCUCCGUGGUCAACGUCAACCCCACCAACAUCAGGCCGCACAGCGACACGCCCGAGAUCCGCAAGUACAAGAAACGCUUCAACUCGGAGAUCCUGUGUGCGGCACUGUGGGGAGUGAACCUGCUGGUGGGGACGGAGAACGGCCUGAUGCUGCUGGAUCGAAGCGGGCAGGGCAAAGUUUACAACCUGAUCAACCGACGGCGCUUCCAGCAGAUGGACGUCCUGGAGGGACUCAACGUCCUCGUCACCAUCUCAGGGAAGAAGAACAAGCUGCGUGUUUACUACCUGUCCUGGCUCAGGAACAGGAUAUUACACAACGACCCCGAAGUGGAAAAGAAACAGGGUUGGAUCACUGUCGGAGAACUGGAGGGCUGCGUUCACUACAAAGUCGUGAAGUACGAGAGGAUUAAAUUCUUGGUGAUUGCUCUGAAGAACUCCGUGGAGAUCUACGCCUGGGCGCCUAAACCUUACCACAAGUUUAUGGCCUUCAAGUCGUUCACUGACCUGCAGCAUCGCCCCCUGCUGGUCGACCUGACCGUGGAGGAGGGGCAGAGGUUAAAAGUCAUCUACGGCUCCAGCGUGGGCUUCCACGUCAUCGACGUGGACUCGGGCAACCCUUACGACAUCUACAUCCCCUCACAUAUUCAGGGUCAGGUGACCCCGCACGCCAUCGUGGUUCUGCCCAAGACGGAUGGCAUGGAGAUGCUGCUGUGCUACGAGGACGAGGGCGUCUACGUCAACACCUACGGACGCAUCACCAAAGACGUGGUGCUGCAGUGGGGCGAGAUGCCCACCUCCGUCGCUUACAUCCACUCCAACCAGAUCAUGGGCUGGGGAGAGAAGGCCAUUGAGAUCCGCUCCGUGGAGACGGGACACCUCGACGGAGUUUUCAUGCACAAGCGAGCUCAGCGACUGAAGUUCCUGUCGGAGAGGAACGACAAGGUUUUCUUUGCCUCGGUGCGUUCUGGCGGCAGCAGCCAAGUCUUCUUCAUGACCCUCAACAGAAGCUCCAUGAUGAACUGGUAACCCCUCCCCCCUUCGGCCGACAACCCUCCUCUUCUUCACUGAACAUCUGAACCCACCGCCGGGAGACGAGGGACGACAGGAGGACGAGUCGUGUGUGUGUGUGUGUGUGUGUAUAUAUAUAUCUGCGUGUGUGUGUUCAUUGGAGGAUAAACAAUGAGCUGCUGAACAGACAAUUGGAGGAGUUAAACCACA